AGUUGAAGUAUAGUUGGUAAGCUGCCCGUGGGAUUGUUUACUUGUAGCAAGAGCGCAUUAAAUUGAGCAUUUCUUAUCACAUUCUUUUUAGUUUUUUUUGUAGUAAAAGUAUUUACCGAUUCUCCGGGAAAAUAUGUUGGUCUAGUAUAAGUAAUACGAGGAUUUCAAUUGAUCCUUAAGGUGGUGGGAGUACAAUUCUUCAUUUCAAGUUCCGUCACUAGUGCCUUGUAUGGUUUGUUGGCGUACUCGGGUAUGUCAAUUUUAUUUUCCUUUUGAGUGUCAAAAACCGUAUUUGCCCCUUAAUUACUGUUAUAAUUGGAUUAGAAGUGUACAUUUUGUUUAAUUGAAGGUUAGAUAUGCUUAACCAGAAAACACAGUGUCUGAAACUAGAAUAUAGCAAUAGUGAGGGACCAAAAUUGCUAUUCUUUUCCCAAAACAUAUUUAAUGAAACAUUGGUUGAAAAUUACUUGAUUGUGAAGAGAGAUUUGUUUGUGUCAGUGUCAGAUGGAGGAGAGCAGUCUAUUAGUGUUAAUGAGGCUUUAGAAGAAUUAAUUCCUAACUCAUCUAUAGUGAGUAAGUCAUACUUAAAGAGGAUUGCAGUGAAUCUUUUAGUAGAUUUCAAAAAUUCUUUUCCAUAAUAAAUGCAAUGCUCAGAAGCGUAUAAAUCCGCCCCUCCUCCAUACAAAAACGACAUCGGAAAAAAACGAGAAGAAGAACGAGCUUUGUUCACUAUUCUGCAAUCGAUUUAAUUUGAAUGGAUCGAGCUUUCAUUUUUGUGAUUUGUAUUACUCCAUUUAUUCUUGACAAAAGUCUUGCUGCUAUUUUUGAUGUAACAAGUUAUGGCGCCGUUGGAGAUGGAAUGCACGACGACACUAAAGUAACACAAAUAAUUUCAAUUGCAUUCAAACAAGCUUGGACAGCUACUUGUAGCAGUAAAAGUAGAAAUCCGUCAAUGCUUAUACCAAGUGAAAAGUCAUUUUUAAUACGGCCUAUUACAUUCCAAGGACCUUGCAAGUCCUCCAAUAUUCAUCUACAAUUAUCAGGAUCAAUUGUAGCACCAGAGGAUCCAAAGGAAUGGAGAGGUUGUGAAAAUGUUAGUUGGAUUUAUUUUACAGGUGUUUUUGGUCUCUUCAUCAAUGGUUCUGGUACUAUCAAUGGCAAUGGCCAACGCUGGUGGAAAAUUCCUAGUGGUAUCAGGGUGAAUGGAACUUGCACUAAACCAACUGCUGUCCACUUCAAUUAUUGUAACGGCCUUCAAUUGAGUGGAAUUAAGCUAGUGAAUAGUUCGAGAAACCAUAUAAGCCUGACUUACAGCAAAGGAGUAACCAUCUCAAAUAUUCAUAUAAGUGCACCAAAAUAUAGUCGCAAUACUGAUGGUAUUGAUAUCUCUAACUCUAGCCAACUUCACAUUCAAGACUCCACUAUUCAGACAGGUGAUGACUGCAUUGCCAUCAAUACUGGGUGCGUUGAUAUUCAUAUUUCUGGUAUUUCAUGUGGACCAGGGCAUGGUAUAAGUGUGGGUAGCUUAGGUCCAGAUAACACAUAUGCGUAUGUGGACAACGUCUAUGUAACAAAUUGUAACCUUGUGGGAACUCAGAAUGGUGUUAGAAUUAAGACAUGGCAGGGUGGUUCUGGAUAUGCUAGGUCUAUACAUUUUGAAGAUAUUCACCUCAAAAAUGUUGAAAACCCCAUCAUUAUUGAUCAGAAUUAUUGCAAUGGAGACCAUUCAUGUCAACCUCAGGAAAGCGCAGUGAAAGUGAGCUAUAUAACAUACAAGAAUAUACAUGGAAGUACAAGCAGCAAAGCAGCAAUAAAUUUGAACUGUAGCAAUAGCACAGCUUGCACCAACAUUGAUAUGGAGAAUAUCAACAUAACUCCAGUUGUCUCUGGACAAAAGAUUUUUGCUAUUUGCAAUAAUGCCAAAGGAAAAGCCUCUUCAACUUCACCUCCUGUACCUUGCUUGGAUAAAUAUUAGAGCAUAUUUUCCAUUUAUUUAGUUCCAUAGUCAUUUGCAGUGUGGUAAUUAGAUUUGACAAAAACUACCGAUUGGAUAUGGUCACAAAGCUAUAUAAACUAUCUCACUUUCAAGUCA